UCCAGAUUCCAUCUACCACCCAACCACUCGACCAGAAAUUUAAGUGCCCAGCAGCCCAUCUAAUCUAACACAUUUUUCACCUUCUUGAAUUCAUAUUCAAUUGCUUCUCCUAGUAGCUAGGAUUUGAGAUCUUCUCUCCUCCGAAGAAGAUAAAAUCCAUGGGAAAUUCCUCUUCUAUGCUGACCCAGUACGACAUUGAAGAAGUCCAACAGCACUGCAAUCAUACCUUUUCGCAGCAGGAGAUAGUUGCACUUUACCAGAGAUUCUGCCAGCUCGAUCGAAAUGGGAUCGGAUUCAUCUCGUCUGAUGAAUUCUUGUCUGUGCCCGAAUUUGCCGUUAAUCCUCUUUCCCAGAGACUAUUAAGGAUGUUGGAGGGUUUGAACUUUAAGGAGUUUGUUGCCUUCUUGUCAGCAUUCAGUUCCCGUGCAAGCUUGCAGCAGAAAGUGGAAUUCAUUUUUAAGGUUUAUGAUACUGAUGGAAAUGGCAAGGUCGCAUUCCAUGAUAUGUUGGACAUUUUGCGAGACUUAACUGGACAAUUUAUAUCAGAACAGCAAAGAGAGCAAGUUCUCACCCGAGUUCUAGAAGAAGCAGGCUACAAUAAGGAUUCUUUUCUGGUACAAUCUGAUUUUAUGAAGGUUUGGCAGUAGCUUGAAUGAUCACAAGAGGCUGAAUUACCAUGCCUGGUGGAUUUCAGGACAUGGAGUACUACGUGUUAGGUAGUUUUCUGAGAUCCAUUUUGGGGAAUGCAAUGAAAAAGCUUAAAGCUUUUGUCCAACAAGUGGUUAGAAAUUAUUCAAGUGAAGAGUGCUCACAAACCAACUUCCUGAAACGUUUGCUUAAAUGUGAUACAACGUGGAUAUGACUGCUCCAUAUUACCUACUGAGUUAAACCAAUCAAUGACUUUGAGGCUUCUGUUUUUAACAAGUGGUUAGAGCUUUAUUCAGGUGAAGAGUACUCAUAAGCCAUUUCACUUUCUGAAAUGUUUGCUUGGUAACAAAACCCGGUUAUGAUUGCUAAUAUUAUUGCCUAAGCAACUCUUUGAUUGCUAGUUAUUCAGGUCCAUUUAAGCGACUUCAUUGGAUAUGUCACUGUCGUGAGUGCAAGAAAGACUAUACAAGUUUAUUAUUAUGGAUUCCAACCUCCUGUUCAUACAUUUUUGAUAAUU